UCAGGCCCAGAUGUUUCCCCAGGCCACGCCCCCGCGGGGGUCCGGGCGGCUCCGGGGAGCGGUAACGGGGAAAGCUCAUGCUCCUGUCACAACGCAAUGGAAGGGCUGGGGAAACCGCGUCUUUAUUUCAUUGCGUUCUCGAAAAAACAGCAUUAAUUCAUACUUCAAGCAACAAGCUGCCAGUGCCAGGAUCUAGCUGCUCUUCUUUUUCUCUUCUAUUGGACUUCUAAUGCUUUUUUUGAUUUGGGGACAGGCUGGGUGUGAUCGUCACGAACAAAGUAUGUUUUUGAUGGCUGCUAGAUCAGCCUUUACUUCUACAAAGAGAUCCUAAGAAAUAAGAGAGGGAAAAGUCUGCUCACAUAAUCUUUUUUAAAAGGGAAAGAGCGGUGUCGUGGGUUUUGGUUUUUUGUUUUUUGUUUUUUUUUUUUUUUCUUCUGUUUGGAUAUCUUUUAAACUUACGAAAAAUGGCAACAGCAGCAUACGUGGAUCAUUUUGCAGCAGAGUGCCUUGUUUCUAUGUCCAGUCGUGCUAUUAUUCAUAGUCCCAAAGGGAAGACUGAUCCCCAACCCGAUGCAGCAAUACCUCCUUCAUCAAAUGAAGAUAUGCGAGAAGGCAGAGAAACUGGGAAAGACAAUGGAUCAUUACUCAUGGUAGCUAGCAUUUUAGCAGAUCUGAACCAGCAUGUCCCAAACUCACCCACUCUAAGGAUGGAAAAAAUGGACACUCUUGAUAUCACAGAACAAAUACACAUUUCUGUUGCUUCUAAGGAGUUUGGGGAAGAAAGUGUGUCUUCGGCUGGUAAGCGUGGAGGAGGAAGAGCAGCCACACCUACUAGCCUGGCUGCAGUAACUGAGCCAAGCCCCAGACAAAAGAACAAACGCAGGAGAAGCUGGACUGACCCUGGAUCACCCCAGAAAAAGCACAAAUGCCACUAUGUGGGGUGUGAAAAAGUUUAUGGCAAAUCUUCCCAUCUUAAAGCUCAUCUAAGGACCCACACAGGUGAACGGCCUUUUGAAUGCAACUGGCAAGGAUGUAACAAGAAGUUUGCUCGCUCUGAUGAGCUGGCCCGCCAUUACCGCACUCACACUGGAGAAAAGAAGUUCAGCUGCCCUCUCUGUGAGAAACGUUUCAUGCGCAGCGACCAUCUGACAAAGCAUGCCCGUCGCCAUGCCAAUUUCCACCCAAGCAUGCUCAAGAGGCGAAGUGGAAGCAGCUCAAGAACAGGGUCUGUCAGUGACUACAGCCGCUCAGAUGCCUCAAGUCCGACGAUUAGUCCUGCCAGUUCCCCAUAGACCUACCUGCACUGGAUGUCAGCACUUUGCCUCUAAUACCUAACGUGGAGUUCUGUUUGUGUUGCACACAUUAAAAAAACUCUGUCGCUUCCCCUCCUCAGUUUCCCACCUCCCUUUUUUUUUUUUUUUUUUUUCAAUCAGUAAAUAGUUGCCUCCCACUGCAAUUUCCAGUCAAAUUUUCUUCACCCAACCACACAAGUGGCUAUUCUAACCUCAUGGACAGACAGACUUACAUGUUACACUUAGUGACUCCUGCUGUCUCAAUAUUUCAUACAUUUUGCAACCAUUUACAGAUCCUCUUGAUUAUUCUUUAUAAGAAAAUGAGAAAAUCUAAAAAAAGAAAACCAACCCAUUUAAUUCACCUCAGGUGUCAAAGUAGUUUUGUAAGACCAGAUUGCACAACACGAGCACACAUACACUUACAAAUCAACUGUGUUGGAUUGUGUCCCCCUUCUCCUUUCUCAGGGAUGGAUAUUUAUGUUACACAAUAAUUACAAUGAAGACACACCCUAACCGCAGCCUUACUCUGUAAAUAUAUUUGCACUCAGAAGCUUUUUGUUGGGUUCUUUCACACACUGGGGAAAAAAUAAAAAACAAACAAUACAAAAAACAAACCAGUACUGGAAUGUAGUACCAGACUCUUCCAUUGUUUGUUUUCCUGAUGAUAUACCUACACUGGGGAGUGUCCAAACAGGAGUCUUGUCUUUCUUCAAGCUGCCCUCUGCUUUUGGUAGCAAGCCAUCUUUUUACUUCUUGCUGAAGAUUCUCCAAAACCAACUUCCUAUUGCAAAAAUCUCUGCGAGGUUGAUAAACUUGCUUGUUUGUAUGUUUCAUGCUAGAUAAAAUUCUGAGAAAAAAUUCUAAACAAGAUGCCUUAAGUAAAUAACCUGAAUCACAAGGAAACAUAUUUACACUGGGUAACAUUUUAUUGCAAUGUGGCAUGGAAUCUCGGAGGUAUUCUGUCGUCACUCUCUCCAAGUUGUUAAGCUCUCUGCACUGCCUGUUCAGUAUGGGACCAACAGAAUAUUAAGAUCAAACCACACUGACUUGAACAAUUUUCUUUAUUAUUUUUCUCCUUUUUUAAAAAUUAAUUAUGGAACUAACAUAGCUGAACCAAUGCCCACCAAAACUUUUAUCAAGGUACUUACGUCCUGUACAGCUGUAUCUUAGCAAGACAGAUUGGCUAAGACAUAGUUUCUGCAUCCUGCUGCAUCACAAUCGUGGUCACGGAUAAAAGGAAGUGAAAAUCAUAAGAUAUCUCUGACUGGAAAAAUAAAAUAUGCAUUUUUGAGUUUUAAAAUAAAAUUACAUUUUAGCUCAUCACUACUACAAGUUUCUCAAAAACACACAUACCAGCAUAAAGUACGUUCAUUUCUGAGUAACCGCUUAAUAACAAAAAGGGAAUCUUGGCUAGUUUUCAAUAACUUUCAAAUAUUUGACACUAGAUAGAGCACUAGGAGGUAGAUUUUUAUGUUUCAUAAGGUAGAAAAUAUAGUAAAAGACCGGGAACAUUGUGUUGUACUGGAGACCUCACUGGCAGCAAAUAUACUUUCCUUUGUUUGGCUGAGUCUGAUGGUGCAUAUCAUAAAUUCAGGUCCUUUUGAUUCUGGAAUUUUUGGGGUUUUCUUGUUUUUACUGUAGGGUCUAAAUGCAGUUAAGCAUAGCACAGUGAAAAGAAACACUCUGUGCCAAACCUGCCACUUGAUAUCAAGUGAAUGCCUCCAGAUUCCAAAUGAACCUGUAUCUUACUUGCUGCUUUGCAUUGAUCCAAUUUUGCAAGUUUUUAUUGUACUGUAUAUUAACUGUGAGAGGCUAAUAUAGAUUUCCAAGUAGUGUCAUAGGUACUUCAAUGGUAUUUACAUUAUUCCUAAUACUGUGCAUUCUAUUCGUUGUAUGGAUAAAUACUUAGAGACAGUUCAAAGUGCAGAUAUUUCAGUAUUUUUUUCAAGUUCAUUUGCUUCAGAUUUCACCCCUAUAAAAUCAGAGUUUUCCCCUUUUGAAUUGAAAGUCAUGUGAGGCACAAUUCCACUGUUUCAUUUCACAGAAAAUGAAAUAACAUCAUAAGGGUUUUCUUCAAGUCAGCAAAUAUUGUUGAGUUUGUGUGAUGAGCUGCCUAACCACUGUGAGUUAGGGGAAAGCCAGAUCUGUUUGCCUCCAUAGAUUUCCUCUUUUCUUUUUUUCUUUUUUUAAUAAAAAUCUCAUCUACUGAGAUACACAAUGUUAACAAUUUGAUACAAUUCAGGUAACAGGAAUUCACAUUCCAAUCAUUUCUGUAACUGCUGAAAGUGCUCUUGUGCUGUAGUUAGUGAAGAGACAUUUAAGAUACCUAGCUAAAGGAAUUCUACACGUCAGCUGCGUCUCAUGCACAUACUUCAGAACAAGUCAUAAACACAUUUUUCAUGAUCAUUAUACCUUAAUAGAGGGAUAUGGGGGAGGUUGGGGGGUGUGGGGUGCAUGUAUGUGUGUAGGGAGGAACAAAAAUCAAAAGGAGAACUAAGUAUCAGCAAAAAUCAUAAGCUUCAUAUUCUAAGAUCACUUUGAUGUAAAAUCAUCUUUUCCAACAAGAGCAUCAUUUAAUCUUUAGCAAAGGAGGAACCGCUCCAGUCCAUUUAUUUAGGGCAUAAUCAUUCAGCAUGUAUCAGUGGGUGCAUUACAAACAGUUUGUUUUAAUAGCUUGGAGAAAGAAUACUUGCACCAGGUUUUAUUAGCAUUGAGAUUACAGGAUAUAAAGAUUAUGGGACAACCUAUUCUGAGUGACGUAAGAACUAUGUGAUCUUUAACUCAAACAGUAAAGUAAGCAUUUUAUGUAUAUUUCUCAUAGAUGUUGCUAAUAAUUCUCCAAGUUUAAGCAGAAAAGAAAAAUGGUUCAAAAUCUAAUGUCCAGUUCAGCCAGUGCCUCUAAUGAGAAGGCUGUGAGACUGUAUAUAGGCAACAUAGCUAUGCUUUCAAGAAAUCCUCUGAAAUUUGUCAUUAAAACUUUUUUUUUUUUUUUUACAUCUUAGCUGUAUAUACCUCAGUGUGUUAGGCUGAACAGCCAAAUUAUUGUGUUUUAAAAACCUAGCUAGUUUUAAGUAUCUCCAGUAAAUGUGUGAUAUGUGAUAGCAUUAGGAUAAAAUGAUGAAUUCCAAACCACUAGUAGUUCCCAAAACUGAAUGUGAACAAAACUUCUCGUAAUAUUUUCAUAUGGAGAGUAUUUGGAGUUUUCUAGCAUCUACCAGAUGCUAGAAAAGAAGCAGAAGAAUCAGCAAGGUCAUGACUCCAUUCUCAUGAUGGUUCCUCCUGAGUUUUGCAGAUGUGAGAAGUCUGAACAGCUCAAAUUAUGUUUUGAAAUCUGGGUGCUUAUCCAAACUAAACUCAGAUUUUUACCCUUUUGUUGUUUCACCCAGUGGUAUAACCUAAACCAGUCUCCUGGCAUAGCAACAAACACUGCACAUUCAGGAAAUACCGCUCUGGCAAGGUGCAGAUUUCUUCACAGUCCUCCAUUUGGAGGAGUGUGCAUCUCUCUCCUUCUGCCUCCUCCUUUCCCUGUGCAGUCAAUUGAACUGAAUCCCCACAAACUACAAAAUUGCCUUAAUUCUUUUUUUCCUUUCAUUUCAGAAUGAAAUUUACUUUUAUUAAGAAAGCCCUGAAAGUUUGUUUCUUUCUUUCCAGCCAUGAUUCUAGCUUCCUCUCUAAGAGUUGAGUUUAACUGCCUUCUUAUAGAAAAUGGGUUCAAGUUAAAAUCAUCACUUCACUACCACCACUCAACUGAAACUAAAGAUGCUCUUAGAAACUCACUAACCCCUUCCAUUAACCUCAUCCUGUGUAAAGGCCUAAAGUGCAUUAAUGGCCACAUGAAUUCAGUUUUCAUCCUGCUUCUUAGAAAGCAGUCCUGGUAAACUCCUGGCAGAUGGAUUUUAUUGUGAGAUUUGUUUAUAUUUUCAAAUUAGUUGUUCCUUGCUUUUAUAAUAUAUGCAUAGUAUCUGUUUAUGUUACAUAACUGCAAAGGUAUAUAUUUAUAACAAGUCAUCAGAAACCUCUGUUUGAUGGUAACACUUGAUUCCUGUAUGUAUCCUACCCUCUUUAAGGCAUUAACCCUUGCAAUAACUUUUAUCUCUGAGAACCUCUGUACACCUUUAAAAACUCAUUACCUUCUAUCCAGACAUUCAGUGCUGUCUGUGUUUCAUGCAGCCAGGCAGUAAAAUGCUGUGUGAUGAGCUUACCUGUGUCUAACUAUUCACAUUCACAAUUGCCUUUCUCCAGUUCUUUGCCAUGAAUUCCACAAUUUAUACUGGGUGAAUUGCACUGUUGUUUUGGGGAACAUGGUUUGUGAAGAAAGAACAAGGAAAAUGAGCUUUGCAUACUUUGCCUUUUCAUUGUCAUUUCAUUUACUAACUUCAUCAGGUGAUGCCUACAAACUGACUUUCAGGUGCUCUUUUACUCCAUCACACCAUCUGUUUGUGCAUUGGGUGCUAACAUACAGUCUAUGUCAGUGAAUGGUAUGAUGAAUGUCUGUAUUUUUAACUCUUUUGGGGAUAAAGCUAUAGCCUUAGGCAGAAGAAAAUAACCGAAUUAUCGUUGUUUACCCCAUAAGCCAGAAUAUAGAAUUCAAAAGCCCAUCUACUGGUAUAGGUUUUUUUAAUAUAUAUAUAUAUAAAAAUAUAUUUAUACAUAUGGAUUUAUAUAAGCAUGUACACAUAUAUAUAAAUAUGUAUGUAUGUGUAUAUUGUAUUGUACAUGUGUGUAUACAUAAAUACACAGCAGUGUGUAGAUACUACACACCGAAUAAUGAAAGGAUGUCUACAGAGCAAAAAUUGGUAUCCAUUUCAUUAUAACUUGUGAUGGGUCUGAAGCAAAAUCCUAGAUCCAAACACCACUGCAUUUGGAAAGUUUAAGCCUGUUUUUUGAGAUUUGUGGUUGAGUUUCAUCUCUGGCUACAGCUGCAGUUACUUGUGUAUAUAUGCAUUCUGGGGGACAUGUGUGUGCUCGCUCAUGUACUUUUUCACAAGUGCAUGCCUGUGUGCAUGGCAGAGAAUAUGUGUGCCAGUAAGUGUGCACGUGUUUACAUAUAUACUUCCAGCUUUGGUGAACUAUAAUGUUACCAGUGUCAUCUUCACUUGUGCAGUUUUAUCAGCAGCACAUGGAUGCUUCCAUGGGUCACCUUUCAACUCCUUAAAUCACUACAUUGAAGUAUUACAGUUGUACAGUUAUAUGUUCAUCUAUUCUUGCUCUGCUGUAACUUUUUAUGUAUUUUGUACUGCAUAGAUUAUAUAUUGUGAUAAUGUCCUAUGCAACAACAAUAAAAAAGGAAAAAAAAAAAAAGGAAAAAGGAAGAAAAUUAACAACUGUAAAAUAUUGUCUUAACUUGUAUGCAUGGGUAGUGACGUUUAUGUUUUCCAAAAUAAAACUUAUAACUAUGAAA